AUGUUAACUCCGCUCCCCAACGUCCUAGCGAAAUUCCGUGAGCGAGUAGUAGGCUUCGGCGGCGACAUCAAGGAAAUGUUCCUCCAAGUUCGAGUGCGAGACACAGACAAGAAAGCGCGGUUUGUAUUCCGUGGAAGUGAGUCAGAGAAGAUGGAGGUCUACAUCAUAGACGUGACGAUGUUCGGCGCGACAAGCUCUCCGUGUACGGCGCAAUACAUCAAGAACCGGAACGCAGAAGAGUAUGCCGGACAGUUUCCGGAAGCGGCCGAAGCGAUUGUGGAAAACCAUUACGUGGACGACUAUUUCGAUAGCACGGACACAGUCGAAGAAGCGGUGAAGCGGCGGGGCAGCAGGGACGGAUGCGGAUUCGAGAUCCGGAACUGGGUGUCCAAUUCGGGCGCAUUUCUGGAAGGCAUCGGCGAGCGUGCACCUGAUCAGAGCGUGCAGAUUCUUCAGAACAAGGAGUCAAACCUAGAGCGAGUCCUGGGAAUAGUGUGGAAUCCAGUCAGCGACGAAUUAUCGUUCCUGGCCAAGUUCCGGGAAGAUCUGGCGCCGUAUUUCUCCGGCGAACGUCGACCGACAAAAAGAGUGGUGAUGAGCAGCGUUAUGAGCCUGUUCGAUCCGCUAGGAAUGCUGGCUACCUUCGUUAUCCACGGGAAAAUGAUGAUCCAAGAUCUGUGGCGUAGUGGCAGCGACUGGGACCAACCAAUCGACGACGAAAGCUGCGAAAAGUGGGAUCGGUGGAUUGCUCGGCUCCCGGAGAUCGAGAACGUGAAAAUUCCCCGUUUUUACUUCCAAGGUUCGAGAUCAGUGGAUUACAACACUGUACAGCUUCACGUGCUGGUAGACGCCAGCCAAGAUGCGUAUGGAGCAGCAGCGUACUUCCGUGUGCUCACGGGAAACGGGCCAGUUUGCGCGCUGGUGAUGGCGAGGUCGAAGGUAGCUCCAUUAAAGAUGAUGUCCAUCCCGAGGCUGGAGCUGCAGGCGGCGGUGAUCGGAGCAAGGUUGCUGCAAACCGUCGUGGAAGCGCACUCGCUGGAAAUCAAGCAGCGGUUCAUCUGGUUAGAUUCCAAAACAGUCGUAUCAUGGAUCCAUUCGGAGCAGCGUCCGGCGUUUCUCUACCAGCCGGAAGAGCGGUGGACGAAGCAGGAAGCGGUAGAACCGAACACACCAGAGGAAGUACGGGCGUGUCUUCUCGUCCACGAUAGUGCUCCAGAAGAGCCGAUGGUCGAUGUGUCUCGCAUUUCCCGCUGGAAAGUGCUGGUCAGAACUGUAGCGUGCGUGUAUCGAAUCACAUCCAACUGCGAUAGAAGAAGGAGAGGACUGGCAAUCGAGGCGGUUCCAGCAUCACCAAGGCGAGCGGAAGGUUACCUGUGGCGGUCGGCACAAGCCGAUGCAUAUGAAGAAGAGGUCAAAGUUUUGACGAAGAACCGGGAGCUUCCCCGAAGCGAGCGUCAGCAGAUUGAGAAGUGCAGCAGUCUGUACAGCGGCAGCCCUUUUUUGGACGAGGAAGGUAUAUUGCGGAUGGAAGGCAGAGCGGCACAGGGUUCUUUCCUCCCUUUCGAACUCCGGUUCCCGGUUAUCCUGCCGAAACGACACCCUAUUACCCGUAAGUUGUUGGAGUACUACCACCAGCAGGCAACUCACGCCAACGCAGAGACCGUGGUCAACGAGGUCCGGCAACGGUUCCGAAUCCCGAAUCUUCGAGCGGAACUGAAGGCGGUGAUGAAGGCUUGCGUUUGGUGCAGGACGAAGAAGUGUGUGCCGAAGAUUCCGAGGAUGGCUCCCCUCCCGUUGGUGUGUAUCACUCCGGGCUGGCGGCCGUUCAGCUUCACUGGGGUGGACUAUUGCGGUCCGGUCACGGUCACAGUUGGACGCAGAUCGGAAAAGCGGUGGGUCUGCCGUUUUACGUGCUUGACUACGAGAGCAGUUCACCUGGAGGUGGCCCACAGUUUGACGACACAAGCGUGCUUGAUGGCUCUUCGGCGUUUCGUUUGUCGCCGUGGAAAGCCGGUCGAAUUCUAUUCAGACAACGGGACGAACUUUCAGGGAGCAAGUAAGGAGAUUGUGCGGAAGAUAGAAGGAGACUGCGACGAAGCUUUCACUGACGCGAGGACAGGGUGGAAUUUCAUCCCGCCGAGCGCGCCCCACAUGGGAGGCGUUUGGGAGCGGCUGGUCCGGUCCGUGAAAGCAGCCCUGACGGUGCUCCAAGACGGAAGAAGGUUGACGGAUGAAGUGCUGCUGACUACGUUGGCAGAAGCGGAGGACUUGGUGAAUUCUCGCCCGUUGACGUACGCCGGGCUAAGUCCGGAGGCUAGCGAAGCGUUGACACCGAACCACUUUGUGAAAGGUCCAGAGGUGGCGGUAGAGCGGGUUCCGAAGACAGACGAGGGUGAAGCGUUGCGGGACCUCUACAAGCGAUCGCAGGCACUGACAGACCGCCUGUGGAAGCGAUGGGUAGCGGAGUACGUGCCAGCAAUCAACCAGCGUACCAGGUGGCACGCAGAGGUACAACCGAUCAGCCAGGGCGACCUGGUGCAUAUAGCGGACGAAGGAGCGAGGAAGAGUUGGACGCGAGGCGUGGUCAGCAAGGUGUACCCAGGCCCUGAUGAACGAGUACGGCAAGCACUGGUCAAGACGGCAAAAGGAGAGUUCCGGCGGCCGGUAGCGAAGCUGGCUGUGCUGGAAAUUCAAGAGCGUAACUCUGGUGCUGCUGGAGGAUCCCCCCAGAAUUACGGGGAGGGGGUAUGUACGCACCACCCAGCAUCGAAAACCGGUCAGCAGCGAGCGCCCUGCUGUGACGACUAG